CUAUUAUCCAGCAAAAAUAAGAGAAGAAGAAAAAAUCGGCGAAAAUCACCAACGACCCUCGCGUGCGUUCCCGCGCCGGCGCGCCGCCAUCUCCAUGGCCACCGCCGUCCCCGCCUCUGCCUUCCUCUCUCCCUUGCCUGCUACGGCUGCCAGACCUCUCGCUGGAGGUACAGUCCCUUUUGGUGCUUCGUACCACAAGAAGAAAAGGAUUCUGGCGAUGCGGGUCCGCUGUGCUGCUGAUGACGAAGAGGAAGUCAAUGAUUUGGGGGUCAAUGUCGCGCUAUCCAUGCUAAAGUUCUACAAAAGAGAAAUAUCACCUUUCCUGCCUUCAAGCUGCCGCUAUUUGCCAACUUGCAGUGAGUACUCUAUGCAGGCGUACAAAAGAUAUGGUGUUGUGAAGGGUACAAUCUUGACUGCUUGGCGCCUGUGCCGUUGUAAUCCUCUUGGUGGAUAUGGGUAUGAUCCUCCAAGGUGGUUUGGUGAGGAAGAGCUACCUGACCAAUAAUGCCUGGUAAUUGCAAUAUAGGCAGUGCAGCGCUUCAGUUGUAGGCUUGCAGUAGAUUUUCAGUAAAUUAAUUGAAACUAAACUCCAUGCUACAAAUGAAAGGAGAAAAAUGCUACAAUGGUGUUAUAUCUAUGCAAUUCUGUCAGGGAACGUGUAUGUGUUCUUUUUGCCUAUGGUGGCUUUCUAUAUACCAUAUUUAUCUUAUUGUUGUACAAUUCUGCUUAGGUGAUUGUAUAAGCGGAAUUCAUUUGUUACCAACAAUUUGACAUACAAAAUUACACCUUAUGUUGGUUAAAUGAUGAUUUACACUCA